CGCAGCCGACCAACCGACCGCGAAAUCCAUCGUCGAUCAAUAAGCAAGGCCAUGGCGGGUAAUAAGAAGAAGAAGGAGGCGGCGGCGGCGAGGAAGUGGAUGAUGAGGCCGUGCACCGCAUCCAAGUCUACGGAGGGUGCGGCGGCCGGCGGCCAUGGUCCGGUGACGCGGCCCCUCCCCGGGAGGAAGGGGGUGGCCGGAUCCAGCGGCGAGCAGCGGCCGGAGGGAUCGUCGCAUCUUUCUUCUGCGGCGGCGGCAGGAGAGGAGCCGGCGUCGUUGGAUCUGCUCAAAUCAGCGAGGAGGGAGGGUACGGUCGACAAGAUGCUGGGGGAGGCGAAGCUGCCAUCCGUCGUCCCCAAGCAGGCUUGUGCCAAUGCACCUGUGGCCCAAGCAGCAGCGGCAGCACAAGGCGGGAGCAAAUUUAAGCGUCGGCUGACCAAGAGCGAGAUCAUGACUAUAGUCGCCCUAAAGCCGGAGCCUUUCCCCAGCGCCGACUACCUGGAUGGCCUGGCCGAGUACGACCGGCCGGAGUGGAUCGCCGAGCAGAAGCGGCAGCACGAGGAGGACGCGGCCUACUUUGCCAAGAUGGACACGGAGUUCGAGGUGUUCCGGCAGAAGGUCAUCAAUGGACUCAAGAAUGAUGGCUACUACGAGGUCGAUGAGGACUAUCUCGAGGCGAGGGAGAAGGCCAAUGAAGAGGCCAUGCGACACCCCAUGGGGCUAUGGGCGGAUAUGGACCCCCGCGAACGCCGUCUCCGUGUUGCUACCCCUGAGGAAAGGCUUCUUCUCAUAGGUGAUGCCUACAUUCCGUACGUGCCUGACGAAGAAGACGAGGCUCUGAUCAAUCUCGGUGAUGAUGAUUUCUCUGCGAGUGAUGAAGAGGAUGAUUUCCCUCCGAGUGAUGAAGAAGCAGGAGACAAUGCUCACAAGCGUCCUCAUCUUAUUGUAUCCAACUGAGAAGAGGAUUCAGCCGGUCCAUCUCUAUCUAUCUUAUCUAACUAUAUAUCUCUAGCAGAUGUCUGUGUAAUGGAUCUAUUUAUCUAUCUAUAUGUGUUAAUUGUGGUCUGUGUUAUGUGUGUUUGGAACAUCGAUUAUAAUUCACAAUGCUGUCUGCUAUUGCAA